AUGAUGCGCAUGUGUGGGCGAGGGAAAGUGUGUACGGCUGGAGGGAGACUAAUGCCAGCGAGUCUCUUCAAGCUGAAGAUUCACCGGGAGGCCCUGCUCUCUGUCCCAACAGCCUCGCAAACAUGUCUGUAUCUGAGAAACAUUGAAGGCUUCCUUCUCCUCCCUUUUCUGCCCAUCAGACAUGAAAGCAGCAAGAAGGAGAACCACUCUCCCAAGCGACGUACUUCCGGUUCUAGCCCCAAGCGCUCCAGGCGCUCCAGUUCCAGCCAUGCCAGGCGCCGGACCCGAUCACGAUCCAGGAGCCCCCGCUAUUACAGGGCUGGGAAGCCAAGGAGCCGGAGCAGAGAGCGGAGCCGGAGCCGAAAGAGGAGCCGGAGCAGAGAGCGGAGCCGGAGCAGGAUGCCAAGCCGGAGCAGGGUGCGCAGCCGUAGCCCAAGGCGGCCAGACCGGUCGUGGUCUCCAGUCCGGUCAUGGACUUUCACCUCUAGUUACCUUCGGCGAUAUGAUACAAGGAAGGAGCUAGAAGCAUUGUCCCGCUCUGCAGACAGGGCCUCAGGAUCCACGGGGAGACGCUUGGGGACACACAAGCACGAGUCCUCCCGGACCUCUAGCCGAGAGAGUUCAGGAAAAAAGAGGGUGCCAGCAGAAGGAGAGAAGAAACCCUCCGGUAGUAGCACUUUGAAGACGGAGGCGGCCUCCGCGGAUGCUAAAGAAAAGCCCUCGGAUGCUGCCGGGGAGCCGAGCAAAGCAGGGACGGCAGCCCCGAGGAAGGAGAAGAAGAGCUCCCCUGUUCCUGAGAACUGGCUUUUGUCGAGUAAAGCCUGGAGUUGUGGCACAGUUCUUCACAUAUCGGACUUACCAGAUGACGGCUAUACAGAGCAAGAUAUCACAAAGAUUGUCCAGCCCUUUGGAAAAGUUAGCAGUAUCUUAGUGCUUCACUCUAAAAAAGAGGUUCAACGAGGAGCUAGCAGCGAUGAUGCGAACAAAGAGGAGGCUAGAGAGCGUGUGGUGGAGAGAUCAUCUCGCGGCGAGUCAGACCGAAUACCAGACCCAAUUCAAGAUCUCCGUUUAAUGAAUGGCACAAGUCCUUGCUCUGGGAGGGUUGAAGUUUUUCACAAUGACACGUGGGUGACCAUUUGUGAUGCUGGCUGGGAUUUACAAGAUGCCCAAGUGGUCUGCAGGGAGCUGGGCUGUGGCAAUGCCUCCAAAGCAUUGGGUGGAGCACACUAUGGCCAAGGAUCGGGCCCCAUUUGGCUGGAGAGCAUCAACUGUACAGGAGAAGAAACAUUCCUGAAGGAGUGCCAGAAGGGAGGCUGGGGAGAGCACAGUUGCAGCCACAGCCAGGAUGCCAGCGUGGUGUGUUCAGAUCUCCGUUUAAUGAAUGGCACAAGUCCCUGCUCAGGGAGGGUUGAAGUCUUUCACAAUGACACAUGGGGGACCAUUUGUGAUGCUGGCUGGGAUUUACAGGAUGCCCAAGUGGUCUGCAGCCAGCUGGGCUGUGGAGAUGCCCCCAAAGCAUUAGGUGGAGCACACUAUGGCCAAGGAUCGGGCCCCAUUUGGCUGGAGAGCAUCAACUGUACAGGAGAAGAAGCAUCCCUGAAGGAGUGCCAGAAAGGACGCUGGGGAGAGCAGAGUUGCAGCCACAGCCAGGAUGCCAGCGUGGAGUGUUCAGCUGUUGAAUCCUCCCUUGAGAUCAGCAUUCACCUGGGAGUGGCUGCCUUGGUCUUCCUUGCCUUGGUGGGGAUUGUGGCUGAGGCUGGAUGCAGGAGAAGGAGGAAGACCAUCAGGAGGAGGAGGAGGAAGAGGAGGAGAGAGCAGCAGCCUUGAGUAGCCCUCUUCACCGGCCAGUUCCAGGGACCAAGGUCUGUCUGCCAGUACGGUGGAGCCAGAGGCAGAAGGAAUGCCAUGUGCAGUUAGAGUCUACAGUAAUCUACCAGUAUAACAAUAUACA